AUGAGGGUGGCAGUGGGCAUGCUCUGGCUCCUGGCCCUUGGAGGGCUCCCCCUGGCCCGGGACGCCUGCCCCUCUCAGUGCAGCUGCAGCCUCCACGUCCUGGGCGAUGGCAGCAAAGCCAGGACGGUGGUGUGCAACGACCCUGACAUGACCCUGCCUCCCGCGUCUGUCCCUCCGGACACCUCCAGACUGCGCCUGGAGCGAACGGCCAUUCGCAGGGUGCCCGGGGAUGCCUUCAAGCCGCUGGGCCGCCUGGAGCAGCUGUGGCUGCCCUACAACGCCCUCAGCGAGCUCAGCGCCCUGAUGCUGAGGGGCCUCCGCCGCCUGCGCGAGCUGCGCAUGCCCGGGAACCGCCUGGCCGCCUUCCCCUGGGCGGCGCUCAGGGACGCUCCCCAGCUGCGGCUGCUGGACCUGCAGGCCAACUGCCUGUUGGCUGUGCCGCCGGAGGCCGCGCGCUUCCUGGGGAACCUCACCUUCCUCGACCUCUCCAGCAACCAGCUGCUGAGGCUCCCGCAGGAGCUGCUCGCCACCUGGGCUCGCCUGCAGGCCGGACCCUUCCUUCCCGGCCACCACGCCAGGCUGGUCCUAGGGCUGCAGGACAACCCCUGGGUGUGUGACUGCCGACUCUAUGACCUGGUCCAUUUCCUGGAGGGCUGGGCCCCAAACCUGGCCUUCAUAGAGGCCAGACUGAGGUGUGCCAGUCCGCGCAGCCUGGCCGGAGUCGCCUUCAGCCAGCUGGAACUGAGGAAGUGCCAGAGUCCGGAGCUCCGUCCGGGGGUGGCCAGCAUCAGGUCCCCUUUGGGCAGCGCAGUAUUGCUACGUUGUGGGGCCACCGGGGUCCCUGGGCCCGAGAUGAGCUGGAGCAGGGCCAACGGGCACCCACUCAACGGUACAGUGCACCAGGAAGUCUCCGGUGACGGCACGAGCUGGACUCUGCUGGGCCUGCCUGCCGUGUCCCACCUUGACUCUGGAGACUACAUCUGCCAGGCCAAGAACUUCCUGGGAGCCUCUGAGACUCUCAUCUCCCUGGUCGUCACUGAGCCCCAGACGUCCACGGAACACAGCGGGAGCCCAGGAGCACUCUGGGCAAGGACAGGUGGAGGGGCAGAAGCUGCUGCCUACAAUAAGAUGGUGGCCAGGCACGUCCCCCACAUCCCCGAGCCUGCUGCCCCGGCCACUGGGCCCCCUGUGCCCAACAUGAAGGAGCAACUGACCCUCCAGCACUUCCAGAUGGGGGCCCCAGGAGAGCACUUGGAUGUGCAGGCAGGACCCCAGGAGGCCCAGAGGGUGAGCGCUCUCAAGGUGGUGGGAGACACUUACCAGAGCGUGACCUUGGUGUGGAAGGCCCCCCAGGCUGGGAACACAACUGCCUUCAGUGUCCUGUACGCGGUCUUCGGGCAGCGCGACAUGCGGCGGGUGGUCGUGCAGCCUGGGAAGACCAGCGUCACCCUCCGCGGGCUGGUACCCAAGCUCAAGUACGUGGCGUGCGUCUGCGUGCGGGGCCUGGUGCCCCGGAAGGAGCAGUGCGUCAUCUUCUCCACCGACGAGGUGGCGGACGCCGAGGGCACCCAGCGGCUCAUCAACGUGGUGGUGAUCAGCGUGGCCGCCGUCAUCGCCCUGCCCCUCACGCUGCUCGUCUGCUGCGGCGCGCUCCGGAGGCGCUGGCGCAAGUGCCGCACCGGGGGCGCCGCCGAGGCCACAGGUGCCUACGUCACCCUGGAGAGGCUGGGCCACAGCGAGGACGGCUCGGAGGAGCUGUCCCAGCAGAGCCUCAGCGAGGCCGACAGGCUCCUCUCCGCCCGUUCCAGCCUGGACUCUCAGGCUCUGGGGACCAGGGCGGGCCGACGGAUCAACGAGUACUUCUGCUGAGGGCCGUGUUCCCGCCGCGCACAGAGAUGCCUACACACCUGCUCCCGUUCGCUCUCCCUCUUCUUCCACAGCCUCACACCUGAGUCCAUGCUCACCCGCUCUUACCCACUUGGGUACCUGCUUACUGAUACAUUUACACCAACAACAGCAGCUAACACUUAC